AUGAGAAUGCCAAAGUUUUCAUCGGCCUUGUAUCCAUGGGUACGCGUAUUAACAUUUUGCAGUUCAAGAGCGGAUAAAUUAAUAGUAUUCUUGGUUGAGGGUAUAGUUAAACUAGCCACAACUUGCGAAGCCUUACUCUCCACUGUUGAUAUCUUCAAAUACUAUACGACUAGGGAGGAACAGGUCACAGUGUUGGGAGGCGUGGAGCAUUACAUUGUGACUUGUGAAGGAGAACUAGUUGACGAGCAUGAGGAUACCACCGAAAAAACGGUGGACGCGGUUCUCGAGAUUCAAGGUUCUGGCUUUAGAGCGCUGGUGGUGUUGGGGGAGAAUUGUGGGAAGGGAGAUUGCCGGAAUGUUAUUAGAUGUCCGCAUAGCAGUUUCAAGAUUUCUAUCGUAGAGAAAAGCCCUGCAGGGUACGACCCGACUAAGACUUUCGCUUACCCAGAGAUCGAAAUUAAAGCGAGAGCAUGA